AUGGCAUCUGCUGAGGACUUGGCAGCGAACAGCGAAUUUCUGAAGAAGGCAGAUGUCAUCGUCCCGGUCCCCGGGGGCCCCAGCCGGGAGAACUAUGGAAAUGUGCAGCUCAUAUGUGAUAUCGCAGUUAAACAGAAGGUUGACGCGGUAUGGCCUGGAUGGGGUCAUGCCUCUGAAAAUCCGUCUCUGCCUUCUUCUCUUUCUGCGUUGGGGAUCUCCUUCCUCGGUCCCCAGGCGAAGGUGAUGGCGGCGCUAGGAGAUAAAAUUGCAGCUAAUAUAUUAGCACAGACAGCGCAGGUACCCGCUAUACCCUGGAGCGGUACGGGGCUCACAGCUCAGCUCGACAAGGACGGAAAUAUACCAGAAGAGGUACAGUAA